AUGCCACCGAUAUACGUUAAGGGAGGUGUAUGGACAAACGUGGAGGAUGAGAUCUUGAAAGCAGCGGUGUCCAAAUAUGGACUAAACCAAUGGGCAAGGGUUGCAUCCCUUUUGAGUAAGAAAUCUGCCAAACAAGCAAAGGCCAGAUGGAGUGAAUGGCUUAAUCCGAAUAUAAAUAAAUCAGACUGGACCAGGGAAGACGACGAACGGUUGUUGAGUUUGGCCAAGCUCUUGCCCAACCAAUGGCGUAGUAUAGCUCCGUUAUUGGGUCGGACGGCUACUCAUUGUGUUGAAAGAUAUCAAAAGUUACUUGAAGACGCUUCGGGGGUUACUGAUAAAAAUGAUUUGUCGCUAGCAGGUCCUGGGAUUGAAUCAUUACCGGCAGCCGGGAAUAAUAUUGGCGAUGUCAAUAUAAACCCUGAAUCCAAGCCCUCUCGUCCUGACUUAGAAGAUAUGGACGACGAGGACCGGGAAAUGUUAUCGGAAGCAAAAGCCCGUUUAGCCAAUACCCAAGGGAAAAAGGCCAAAAGAAAAGCUCGUGAAAGAAUGUUGGAGGAAAGUAAACGUAUAUCUUUACUACAGAAGAGGAGAGAGCUCAAGGCAGCUGGUAUAAAAGUAAGUUUGGUAUCUAAAAAUAAACAAAAACGUAAAGAAUUUGAUUAUAAUGCUGAUAUUCCUCACGAACAUACACCGCAAGCUGGUAUUUACGAUACUUCAGAGGAAUCAAAGUUGAAUGUUCGUGAAAGAGCCAAAUUCGAUAAAUUGGUCAAGAACGACGGUAUAAGUUUAAAAGAAGUGGAUGAUAAACAUAAAAGAGAGAAAAAUCAAGAAUUAAAGGAAAAGAGAGAUUGGGAAAAACGUCAAAAACAAGAAUUAGAAGCUGCUGCAGAGAUAUUCAAUCAAAAUGAGGAAAGACUUUUGAAAAAACGUAAACUUGAUCUACCGGAGGUAAAUAAAGAAGUUUCACAACAGGACGAUAUAGAUGAUCGAAUUUUGAAUAAAACAAAAGAAUUAAUCUCUAAAACUAACCAAAAAUCAACUCUUUUGUUGAAUAACGAUUCACCCCAAUCGGUAUCUUCAAAUAAACCUUCCAAACCAAAGGCAUCUAAUUCUAAAUUAAAGAAAUCAUUACGUGAUUUCAUUCAGUCGAGUUUGAAAACGUUACCUGCACCGAGAAACAAACCCUCGGUGAUUGUUCCUUCUUUUGACCCUCUGGAAGAACCGGUCAUUGAAGAAACUCAAAUAUUGGAUGUUGACUCGAGAUACGAAGACGAAGGCGAAAGAUUAAGAAACUUGGAGAUUUCUCGUCAAGUUGAUGAAAUCAAACUGCAACUUCGAAGAUCUCUGGCCAUCCAGAAAAAUUUAAGCGUGCCUCAUCCAUCACAAAUACAACAUGAACUAACCUCAUCUUCACUACUCGAUAGAUUGAUCCAUAAAGAAUUGAUCGACCUCGUCAAUUCUGACUAUACUAAAUAUGAAGAUAGUUCUUACCCAUCUAAUUUGAUACCGGAUCUUGACGAAAUCUCUUAUGAUCAAGUUCAGGCCGAAAUUAAGGAAGAAUUAGAAAAGCCCAAGCCAUCACAUAAGGUUUCGCCUCUCUUAGAUAAUUAUUCGCUCCCUCGAGAUUUCGAAACUGCUGAAACAGUAAUCAGUACUUUACAUUCACUCCAUACAACAAAUCAGAAAUUGCUUUCCCAACUUGAUUUCUCGUCUUACGAAAGAAAUGUCGACCAAUUGGUGAGUGAAAUCGUGUCGGACUCCCACGAAUUAGCCCUGUCUGCUAUCGAUUAUAAUACUUACGCGUCCAUUGCUGCCCAAGAGCAAAAAGCCAUGGAUGUUUGCUUACAGAGAAAACAUUCUUUAGUUGAUGACUUGGUUCAAGCAGAACAGCAAAUACAGCACCGUGUAAGACUGCUCAAGAAUGGUACUUUUUCAAGCUAA